AUGUCGAAAACAAGCUUUCUUGACAUCCAAUACAACAUCUCAAGGCGUAAGUUUCUUCGGAAACCGUCACGGAUGUUCUCUAGCAGCGACAGACAGUCGUCUGGCCUGCCUAUAUUCCAACCAAACGUGACUGAGAUGAGGCGCGUUUUUGACAAGUUUGAUCGUGACAAAGAUGGUAAAAUAUCGAGGGGAGAAUACAAGGCUAUAAUUAGGGCACUGAAACAAGGGGCUACAGAUAGAGACGUACAAAAGAUAUUUGAGGUGGCGGAUUUGGAUGGUGAUGGGUUUAUCAGUUUUAAGGAGUUUAUGGAGGUGCAAAAGAAAGGCGGCGGGGUGAAGGCCGUGGAUGUGCAAAGUGCAUUUCGGACAUUUGAUAUGGAUGGAGAUGGGAAAAUAACUGUUGAAGAAGUGUUUGAACUGAUGAAGAGGCUUGGGGAGAGGUGUAGCUUGCAAGAUUGUCGAAAGAUGGUGAGAGCUGUGGAUUCGAACCAAGAUGGUGUGAUUGAUAUGGAUGAGUUCAUGACAAUGAUGACUCAAAACAUGAACAUUUGA